AUGUUAUUCCUGUUGAGUUAUGUCAACGAACAAUGCAACAACGCAGAAGACAGUUCUAAUGGUGACUUAUGCUACUCAUUCCCGCGGUUUCAGCUGAACUUUCAAGAUGCUCGAAAUUAUUGUCACUCACAAAAUAAAUACUUGGCAGUGAUUCACGAUACCACGCAGAGCAGUUUUCUUGCCAAUGCUCCUCAAGAUGGUCGUUAUGUGGUUGAAAGCACUGAUAACUCACAAUGGCAGACUGAGACCGAGUGUGUCUUACUGGAUUUUGUGUGCAGUUACGAUCCUUCCACUACUGGAUUUUACACAACGCUAAAGACAGAGCAACCAACAACGGAACCAACAAAGCCAAGUGUCACCUGUCUCUUCAUGGUAGACUUCCAGUCAGCCGGAAUUCAAGAUAAAGCUGCUAUCAAUACUUACAGAUCAUAUUUCAAUUUUGCUAAACUAGUUGCAGCCAGCCUCAACAAUGCAUCCGAUUUUUCGGGAUAUAUAGACAAUUUUGGAUAUAACGGAGAAUUGGCUGAUCACGAUGACUAUACUACGCUCAGUUACGAUGAUAUCAAAUUUAUAUCAUUUCCAAUAGACUCAACGGAUGACGAAAUUGACUUGGACUUGAAGGAACCGGAAUCUGAGUUUGAUGGAACCACUAUCAAAACAACUUACAAUUCCUUCACUACAGUAGUCGGUGUGCUUAUCGGAGGUGCCACUUCAAUCCCCGGACUAACUGACAGUAUUCCCGCUUCUACAAUGACAGAUGGUGACGCCCAAGCAGUGGUCACGAAGAUGCUAGAAAGUUUGCCAUGA